AUGGAUUCGGAUAGAAAAAGGGUGUCAACGAGUUCAUCAAAAAAUGGGGUGGUGAUGGGUUCUGUUUGGGAUAGCAGAAUGAAAGGUAGCUUCAAAGUCUUUAAUGGUGAUGACAAGAAUCAAGAAAUUGAAAAACCCACAGAGAAAAACAACCCAACUGAGACUACUGGUGAGAUUGUUAAAAUGGAGAAGGCUAGAUCUGAAAACAAAAAAGUAUUUGGUGAAUUGAGUGUUUCGGUGGAUGGAAUUGGAAUCAAGAAAAGCCCAGUUCAAAUGAAGAAGGGAAGACAGGAAUGGAUCGGCGAUGGAAGGAGGGUGACGGUGGUGGUAGCGGCGGCUCCGGCUGCCUCGUCUCUCUUCUAUCCGAACAAGGGACCGAUUUACUCACAGUGGCAGCAAAAUGGUGGUGGUCGGGCUUUCAACAGCGAUGACGGCAAUGGAGUGAGUCGGCGAUGGAAGGAGGGUGACGGUGGUGGUAGCGGCGGCUCCGGCUGCCUCGUCUCUCUUCUAUCCGGCAGCACACGGUGGUUCUCAGUGGUUACAACAACAGCAACACCACCCUUGGGGGUGGUGGUGUUUCUCGGUAGUAAGGAAAAGGGGAAGGACAGUAGAAAAACGUGA